GUCUGUCUUUGUUUUGUAAAUUUGUUAGUCAUCUUUUUCUUGGUGGUUUUUGAAAUAGGCUGUAUUCCUUUAAAAACGUUAUGUCGCGAACUCUUUAAUUUGAUUGUUUGUUUCGUUAAAUGUACAUGUUCAGUCUGUUUCUUACAUAUUCAUUUAAAACUAUUGUAACAUUGCUGUUCGGCAUGCUGUACUCUCAUUGGUUUCCUCUCUGUUGGUGUAUAAUUGUUGUUCAACUUGUUUAUCUGCUCUGAACGACCAUGUUUUUCGGCGACACUGAACAAAUAGUACUUUGCAAUACAUUGCAAAUUAUAAUUAAAUCAUACUUUCGUAUUUUUCACUGCUUAUUAUAACUGUAUGAGCUAUCUGCAUCAGAUUACUUUCGUCUACUCUUUCGUUGUAUUUCAAUGUGGAUUGUUUAGUAUACGUUUUUUAAUAUAAAAAACAAGAGUGGACUAUAGAGUUAAAAUUUCAUAUCGAACUGAGUUUUAGUGGAUGAAUGCCAAAAAAUUUAUUAGUGCCGCCUUAGGUUAGCUUUAUGUCCAUUUUAUAGUAACUCAAUAGAAGUAAUGUGACGCGAUGGUUUGUUCGGAUACGUUAUUAAUGAUAUUUUGUGUUGAUGUACGUAAAAUAGCUCCUUACAGCACUCCUGAAGCAAAACCAUAGGUGACUCAGUUGUUUGCACCAGUUCAUUCACUAUUGUUCCGUGUAUCUCUGUGAUAGCUUCUUGAAUUGAGGCAGAAUUUUAGUUUAAGAUAGGGGUUAACUAUCAUAUUGUUCUGUUUCGUUUUGUAAAUUGUUGGUUGUUUUGCUCUGUUAACAAAAUAUGGUUUAGUCGUUAUAUCGUCGCUUUGUUUCUAUGAAGAGGUUUCUAAAUGCAUAUGACUCGGGUAUAUUAUGUACUCAUUUAAUCUUUCUGUGUUUGAUGUGCGCUAUAUCUCUACAAGGCGUGAUAACUUUUGAUCAGCUCAUUGCUGCACUGGAUCUUAGAAAUGAUAUGAAUGUACGUGAAUUGCUCCUGAAUAAUGACCGUUCACAAGACUGAAUAAGUGGUGCAAUCGCCCUAAUGGUUUGAAUUAAAGACAAGACAAUUUCCCAUACGAAUAGAUUAUAUAUGCGAUAAAAUGACAUGCUUAUAUACAAAAUUAGUAAAAAAUCAACGUAUUAAAAUGUCAUAAGCGCUUGUGUAAGAUUGGUUUUUAGGUCACUCCCCCAACAGGCAAUCAAUACACUACUAUAAUGUCUAGUUCUUUUGGAUAAUUGAAUGGAUCAUGGAUAAAUUAAUUGUGGACAUGAUUAGACCAUUUCAUAAAAUUUUUGUUGAUCUCGAUUUUAUAUUUCAUAUCUUUCUCUUUUGAAAGCAAUUCAUAAGCUUAUUCUGGCUUCUCUGGUGUUCUUACUUGUAAUCUGUUUCCAACUUCUACAUCAUUUGGUAUCUGAUAUUUUGUUCGACAUCAGUAAAAUGUAUGAUGACUACUGCUAUUCAAGUUUUUUUGUAACCAUAUUCAAUCUGAGCUGAUGUUAGUGAUACGUGCUACUGUGUUUUCUGUAGAUCUUGGAAUUAUUCUUUUUCGUUUGUCGGGACUUACACUAUCAAGAGGCAUUGAUGCUAGUAUUGAUAUUUUGGAUGUUAUGACCCACCAUAACAUAUUUCAGGCAUGGAGGAUAAUAUUUUUGUGACGAUUGUUCUCGUCAUGUCUUCACAUGUGCUUAUAUUUCGGUUAUAGUUGUUAUCACCAACAUUAACAUAUCUUCCACAUUGUAGAAAUUAAUUUGCCGUAUAUUAGUCAACAUUUAUGUGAGUACUGUCAUCUUUCUCAUUUAGGUUUUCGCAUAUUUCCUGUGAAAGUUGGAAGCAAGUCGGAUGAGCAUCCACAUAUUUCCUACACAAUGUGGUGUGGAUCCCUCGGGAAGCGAAAUAUCAACUACAGACAGCCUUAUCCAAGAAUUUCAAGAAUUCGAAGCACAAGUGUAUUCUGGUGCAUUAUUCGAACAAAAAUGCAGAACUAGUACUCCAUCAAAUAAAAACAUUAAUUCUGUACCAAGUCAAAUGAUUAAUAUCCCCACAAUAAGACUUGACCCAUGUUCUCGAGGAACUUGUGCCAAGCAACAGUUGGAGAAUUUUGGUCCGAAUGAAGUUUCUGAUGUUGAAGUAGACAGUUUAGAUGAUGAACCAGUGAAUUCUACAGUCCAAAUCAAUGCAUCAUCAAAAACAAACGCAGAUAUAUUUGGAUCCAAAGACAGUGAUUCUUUUAGUAAUCGUGCAAAGCUUUCACGUAUUCCACAGCUGAUCAGAUCCCCUAAUCGUUCCUUUAGUCAAUCCACCAUUUCAAACAAUCAGGAGGCAACGAAAAAUAUUGCAUCUACAAUAUCAUCUCGCCACAGUCUCCCUUCACAGAUGGAGUUUCCUGUCUUACAGUCAUCUGCCAACACAACAACGACAACUAGUAAACACCAUGUGUCAAAUUCUGACUUUAUUAAAGUAAAAUCUUCAGGAAGCAAUCAGUAUUUCGUCCCGAAUUUACUUACAACACCAGAUGUGACGGAAAGCAAUCAAAAUUUUCAUUUGAAAACAUAUCUCUCCAAUCCUACAUCUUCACAGUCAAGUUUAUCAUUCGAUUCAAUGAAUAACUCAAGAUCAUGCAAUAAAAGUCGAGUACAGGUCACAGUUAAGAAGUUGAAUACAUCAUCUCCAUCUAUAAAUAAUUUAGAUUUAUCUAAUCUGAACAAAACAAAUAUGGAUUCGAUUGCAUCGUAUGCCCAUGAAGAUCCAAUUGAAACACAUGAUCUAGUUGUAGCUAAAAUGGCUGCGGAUGGAGUAGUUUGGGUACCAUCUUCUGACGCAAAUCAUUCUACCAUUAAUAGUACAAUUGCUGAAAAAAACGAGGUUCAUCAAUCUAUUUUACAAAAAACUGAUCAAUUGAGAUGGUAUUCCGAGGAAAUUGAAGAAGAGAAAAUAAAUGAUAAUCCUGUUGUGAGAAGUAAUUCAAUCACUGAGUCUCAUAAUUCAAUUAAACACAAUUCACCUACUAUCCAUAAUAAUCCUACAAUUGAUAAUAAUGUAAAUGAAACUCAUAGUGAAAUUGUACAAUCUUCAAACGUGCAUUGUUGUUCAUCGUCUUCUUCAAUACAAAAGGUGUUUAACUCAUCUAAUUGUAAUUUUAAAGAUUCACAAAUUGAUACACCAGAAUCCUCUUCAAAACAAGUUGAAUUAGAGGUAAAAUUAGAAGAAGCUAUGAUUAUUCGUAAACAACAAGAUGAUUAUAUAAAACAAUUACAAAUGUACUACGAUAAUCUGUUAACGAAACAUGCUCUAGCUGAAGUUACCAUAGAUCAGUUACGUAUGGGAAUACGCGUUGGAAUUGAUGUAAACAAUCCGAGCGAUACACCAUCUCAGAAUGUAUCAAAUAAACCAAGAUCUCAUAGUAUGCAAACUCUACAUUCCAACAUUAAUAAUAGGCGUGUAUCCGAUGUAGGUUAUCCUCAAGUCAAUAGUGGUUAUCAUCAGACUAGAAAUAAUUCUAGUAAUAAUAAUAAUAGUCUACAUUAUUCAUCAACACCUUUGUUAGAACAACAGAAAAAUCGAAUAAAAAGAAAUUCAUCGACACACGAUACAAGAAUUUUAUCAGUGACUUCUGAUAGUUGGGAAACUGGACUAGGUAAUAUCAGUAAUUCUAGUCAAAUUCAUCGUCAGAAAGAUACGUCUAACAUAAAUAAUUAUGGUAAUCAACAAUCUGUUUUCCAUAGUCAAGAUCGUAUCACAACAAGUAGUAAUAAUCCUAUACUGGGUCAAAAUCACUUCAGAAAAUCUUCUGAUCCUUCUCUAUGUUCUGGCGAUGAUGCUUCUCGUUUUCUCAAUGAUCCGAUGAAAACGUCCAUCAACUCAAGAAGAAAUACAAUAGCAAAUUCAUGCUCUCCUGGACAACAAUACAAACAACAAAAUCAAAUGAAUUUAUCAUCGUCAUCAAAUAGAAAUCACAUAUUUUCCGUUUUGGAAUCACACAAUGGAUGUAACAAGAAUGAAGUAUUUAUCAAUGAAGAAGAGUUUGACAGUACACCGACGAAUAUUAAUCAUAUUAGUGAUCAAAAUAAACAACCAGACUGUUCAAAAGAUCCAAUAGACAUUAUUCAACACUCACAGAAAGCCAUUUCUACUGAUGCCGCGCCAUUAGUCAACGGUACGCCCGAUUUAGAUGACGAUAUAGUGUGUGGUCCUGAAGCUAUUCAAAUGGAAUUGCUUCUACGUGUUGCUGAUUUACAAACACGUUUGUCUACAAUGGAAUUGUACGCAAAUGAACAUCGAUUUAUUCCAGAUGCAGAUUUAGUCACAAUGCAAUUGGAUUAUGGAACAUUGAAAAAUUAUUAUGAUUUAGCUAAAGUUCGUUGGGGUAAAGACCCUCAGUUUGAUGUCAACAAGGUAUUGAUUGGCGAAAUAAAUCACAUGGGUAGUCAGUUGGAUAAAUUAGGAAGUUAUGUAUUAAAUAGUGGUGAAACAGUAUCAUCUCCAUUAUCUACAAAUUCUUCAUCACCUGCACCACUUCCAACGCCACAACCAACUUCCAUGUCUAUUUCUGAUCUACCUGUAAAUUGGAAAGACUUAAAUAUAUUUAAAAAUUCUAGUCGCAUACCUUCAGGUGAAAAUAAACCUGUGAAAAAUACUACAGAUAGUGGUGUUCUGUCAUCUCCAUCCUCUUUACCUAGUCGUUCAGAUCACGGUCGAUUAUCCUCUGUGUCUCCGUUACAUUCUCCAAUUGUUGAAGAUUCCUUAUCGGAACUUGAGAGUGUAUAUAUGGAAUUGAUGCAACAUUACAAUAAGAUUAAACAGCUUCCAAUGACUACCUUACGAACUGAACAAUUGUACAAUUUAAUGAAGCGUUUAUAUGAUUUGGCGUUAACUGCCGAUAAUCGUUCCAGUAUUAUUGCCUCACCGGAUGAAUUAGAACGUAUUUUCCAAUUAGAUGGGGAUACCAGAAAAUUAAGUGAAAAUUUAGAACGUGCUAUUGCUUUACAAAAACAAUUAUCGAACCAUCAGAAUUUUCAUAGUUCUGAAUCGAAUACUUCAUCAUCACACAAAGAUGUUGUUCCACGGACAAGUGAAAUAAACGAUAACAAAGUUAAUUUGCCUAAAGAUAAGAGUGCGACUAAAUUAUCAUCAUCUGUUUCAUUGUCUUCGUAUUCCAGAAGAUGUGAUGUACAAAAUAAUAAAAAGAAUUCUACUCAUUCACAAUCAUUCACUUCACCUGAUUCAUCAUCCAAUCAGGAUAGUGGCCUUUCAACACCCCCUGAAAGCUCUGAUGGCAUGAAGCAUGAUGAAAUCGAUCAUCGUAAUCAUCAUUACCAACAAAAUCAAUCUAACCAAUUACCUCAUCAUUAUCAGACUUGUUAUUCAUCUUCUUAUCAAACUUUGAAGCAUAAGACAUUAUCUAAUAAUAGUAAUUCACAAAUAGAUCAUUCAUUUGAUACACAAAAAUAUGAUCAUUCUGAUAGUGGUUUAACAAGAACACAUCCUCAAACAAUUCAUUCUAUACAACCUAUUAAUAGUGAUCACAGAAAAUCACCUAUAAACACAUCUUCAGCUGAAUUAAGUCAUUCAGUCUAUAAUGAUAGGGAUAAACAAGAUAAAAUGCGAAUAAUGCAAAAGAAAUCACCUGUUUCAUAUUCUUCAACAUUAUCAUCCAGUCCAAGUACUAAACAACGAAUAGAUGAUCUUGAGAAUGGUGUACGUUUAUUGAAAGAGAAUCUUGAAAAUCUUUGUUUAAAAGCUGAAAAUCGUGCACAAAAUGGUAAUGUGGAAAAUGGAAAAUCAGUUUUUAAUCGAAAAUCUUGUCAAUUCGUUUCACCUACAUUCAGUUUGCGUAAUAAUCUUCCGUCAUCAGGUGUAAAUAAUUCAGAUACUUCUGCUUUUCCACAUCUCAUCACUAGUGGUCCUCUUUUGAACAACAAUAAUAAAAGUAUUGGUGUUUAUGCAUCAUCUGAACUACCGAACACAUCAUCAUUAUCCAUUCAAGGUGUUUACGAAAAAAACCUUGUCGAGAAAUCGAAUUGCAGAAAAACAGUACUUCCACCUGGUCGAGUGUAUCAUAGAACAGUAGAUCGAAGGUUAGUAGCACAUGGUCAAGAAAAUGAUUGUGACUAUUCAUUUGUUAAACCUCAAACUAACAGUAAAGGUUAUGUAAAACCAAAGUCGAAUCGACCUAUUAUACGUACUUCGUCCAAUAACAAUUCACGCCAAAUUGCACAUCAUAUUGGCAAUUCCAGAGAUUUCAGUUGUUCUAGAAUAGUUAAUUCUUCACGACCCAACAAUAAUGCAACUCAUUCAAGUAAUGGUUUAAAUCGUUCAAUUAAAUAUCAUUCUACUUAUCAAUUAAGUAGAUCACAUCAAACUGAUUCCAGUAGCAGUAGUGGUAAUAGUUGUACAUCAUCAGUUAGUGGUGAAUACUCUACAGACGAUUCACCUACUAUUGCUUCACAUAUUUCUUCAAGUGCAUCUUCCAGUUCUAUUGAUGAUAAUUUCAAUUUCAAUCAUUCUUCAAGAUGCAAACUAAACAGUAAAUUAUCAAUAUCUGAAUCUAAUUGGCAACGUAAUGCAUUACCGACUUCGUCUGUUUCGAAAUCACUUAUGCGAGAUGAACAUUCGAAAUCACAUAGAAAAUUUCAUCGGUCAACAAGUCUUUGUAAACCAUGGGAUUCUUAUCGUACUCCACUUCGAUCUGUAACAAACAUUCAUGACAAUUACGGCUCUUUAAAUCGUUUGAAUUCUGUCCCUUUUAAGAAAUAUGUAUCGAGCAAUCCUUCGAAUUCUAAGUUUGUACAUAAUCUAGAAAAUACCUUUGGUGGUUCAGUACCGAUUGUAGCCAAUCUGGACACACCAUACGAGCCUGCUCACCUCCAACCAGGAAAGCAACAAUCUUCGCGUGUGUAUACAGCCUUUGAUAGUAUUCAAAGAAGACCUCAAGUUCCAUUUCAACCAUCUUUAUAUUUCUACCCUUCGACAGAACGAAUUCUUUACUCUCAUCCUGUUCAAACACCAUCUGUACACUUUCUCAGUAAUCACCGUGAAGAUGUUUUAUUUUCACCACUAAUCCCUUCUAGUUUAAAUCAUACCUCUGCUUCCCGUCUCAAGACAACAUUAUGCGAUGCCUGUGGUGGAAGUGGUCAAGUAUUAGAUAAUUCUAAUGAUGGAAGUCUUCUAAGUGGUCGUUUAGCUGAACCUCCACUUAUCCGCCCAAAUAUUGGCUUGAAUCCCUUACAUCGAAAAACGUUAUCUUCAGCCAGAACUAAAGAAUCUCGUGCACGUCCUUUAAGAGCUUCACACCCUUGUGAUGAUAACUCUUUUUUACAAUCAUUACGUUCAAACUUAUUUGAAAAUGAAAAUACUUAUAGAAAUAUCGUUUUAAACCCUGUAAAUCCAUCUACUUAUUAUCGUGAUUUUGAACGAAUCGAUCAAUCUGGGAAAUUUGGAUCACUUUCUCGUAUUAAUAAACAUUCUCGUUCAAAGCAGAUUAAUCGUUCAUUUCAUACACAUAUUUCACCAAAUCAUUCAAAGCAUUCACAUCAUUCGAAUAAAACUAUUAAUUAUCAUAACGAUAAUAAUCAUAAGAAUAAUUUUAAAAAGAUGGAGAACAAUAAAAAUAUUGACAUAAUGUAUUCAUCUGAAGAUAGUAAUUCAAGUAUAUCCUCGAACGAUAAACAUUCAAAUCAUUAUAAACAAGUUUUACCAAUGAAUAAUUCGAAUUCUGUAGGGAAAUGUGUCAGUCAAUCGAGGCAACAAUCAACAGGUUCUCCAUCGACAUCAGCAUCAUCCACAUUAUUACCAGCUUCAUCAGCUCUACAAGAAAUCCUUAAAGCAGCUUCAUCAACCAGUCGAUUAGCACAAAAACUUCGUUGUAGCUUAGAAGAUUUGUGUAAAACUGAAUCGAAAUAGAGCGAAUUUUGUGUUCCAAACUUUCAACUAUAUUGUGUAUAGUUAUGUACUUGUGUGUGUAUUUCCUUCUCACAUAGUUUUACUGAUUUACUUUCCUUUGUAUUUUCACUAUAUACACAUCCCAUCUUAUACGUGCUUACCAAUUGUGUGUAAUGGGAUGUCGUGAUAGAGGAUGUUGCCUGAUUGUGUAUGUGUAUACAUGUCUGUGAUAGGGAAUUUAUGCGACCUUUUUUCAGCUUUAUCUCCUAGCUUUCAUAUAUAUAUUACGUAUUAUCAUUGAACAGUAGAUAUAUUGACUGAUUGUUUGAUUAAGAAUAAUCUUUCGUAUACUGAAUAUAGCCAUAUUUCUUUAUUCUAGUAAAACAAAUAACUGUAUUCUAUAUAAAUAUAUCCUUCUUUGUAGAUAACCGUACCUAGUAAAUAGUGAAUAUCUUUUAUUUCAUCUCUUCAUUUCAAUCAUCAUAUAAUUCUAGUGUUAAACUCAUUCAUUAUUAAUAUGAUUACUAUUAUAAUUAACAUUGUUACCUUAAUUAUAUUGAGCCUAUCUUUAUCAUAUUCUCAAUUUUUUACAUUCUUCCUUUUGUAAUGAUAUUCUUCACUGCCUUCAAAAUACGCUUUCGAACUAUUGUCAUAUUGAAAUGAGAAAGUGUGUGAAUUGACCAAAACCAACUUGAUAUUCUUAUGCAUACACAAACUACUGCUGUAUGUUACUGCUUCCUUUAAACAUUUCCCCUUGUAUUAUGGUUAUUAUUUUAUUCAUUAAAAAAGUGCAUUUGUCCUUAUGUUAUCAUUAUAAGAACAGAAAGAUCUUACUGUGUCUGUUUUUUUUAAAAAAAAUAGAUUAAUUAAUUAUUUCUCAAUUGAACAGUAUUAUACAUAUUCUGUCUUUGAAGGAGUUUUUCCUCGAGAUUUCCUUUCUUUUAGAAUUAGUAACCUAUCCAUCUGUUACUUUUUUGAAAUUCCUCGUGUGUUGGAGGUCCAGUUGUUUGUUUGUUGAUUUUCGAACCUUUGAAUUUAUUUGGAUUGUUUUCUCUAUUUGUUUCUUUUAUCAGUGUUACUUCUUUCCACUUUGUUUUAAUUCAUGAAUAAAUUAUAAGUGAAAUAUUCUGUUGUUUGAAAUUUUUUUCGUUAACUAUAUUUCAAGAAUAGUGCUUUAAUUCAUGUGCUGAACAAUUAUUAACUACACUUUUUAAGUGCCUUUAACCAAACCAUUUUAUAUGGCGUUAUCGAGUUUCUUUGGCAGCUUUGAGAUUCUUAUGACUUCACUAGCUUUGUUCACUAAACGAAUUAGUCAUUUAUGUGGUCACAGUUGAUCUUGUAGUUUGAAUAGCUAAAAAUGACGCUAAAAUAUGUUGUGAUUUGCCCGGAUUCGAUCAGUCGGAUUAUUUUUUAAAAAACGUCCUUUCUGGAACGCUUUCUUAAUCGUUAAUUCCCUAAAUGUACUUCAGGCAGUUCAUUUUUUCUAGAUUUCUAUAAAUAGCUACCGAAAAUUCUAAUAAGGAACUGUAACUAUUCAGUUGGAAUUAGUCAAUAUUUGAGGGUUAAUUCCUUAAGUUAUCAGUUCAUGAAUAUGAGUUUUCAUAUCACAGUAGUAAAACGAAUUUUUAUGGAAUACUGUUGAAGACUAUUAAUUCAAUAUCUCAAUAAGUUUAUUAUGGUCAAUUGAAUAUAAGAUUUUUUUAAGAUGACUGAUAGAAUUUUCAGCAAAACAUGGAGAAAAGUGUUUGAACUUGGUGAGCUUCCCCAUGUUGCCGUAGCAAAUGAGAAAUUAUUCAAUAAUUGAAUCUCCAAUUUUAAUGCUUGAUAGUAAUACACCGAAUGUCAUAUUUCUUAAAAUUAAACAGCAUUUUAUAGGCGACGAUUGCAUCGUUUAUUCUGGUAAUGUUCAGUCGAAGUUUUCAGUAUUUAACUAAAAUAACGCAGCACAAAAAUGGUAUACUAAACGUGUGUGUGGUUGUUUUAACACCAUUUAAUAAAUACACUUGUCCAGUUAUUAUUACUUUUUUUGGACUAGAUCUAUAUCUUCAUGCCUAACAAUUGUUUACAUUUAUAGAAGGGAUCUGUCUAAAUAUUGUAUUCCUUUUAUAACAUAACCAAGUAUAUAUACCAAAUAAAAAUUCGGGCAACAUAAACACAAAUAAAAAACAAGCAUAAUUUGAU